GCCUGCGCGCCAGCAUUUGCAGUCGGAGACGGAGACACGUCAGCCCAUACAGCUCCCAUUCGCCGGCCGGGGAGAGAUUGAGAGAACGCAACGAUUUGGCCAUGGCCUGCUCAGCCUCACUGUCCUCCUCAUCCCCCAUUUGGCUGCAGUCCCGCCACGCCGCCGCCGGUGCCGCAUUGAACCCCUCCGCCACUAGGAGGCUCCCGGGCAAGCCCAGGCCCAGGCCCAGGGCCCUCACCGUCCGGGCAGCAGCAGCGGCCGACCUCUCGUCCGUGGACGGAGCUACAAUCGCGGCGAUAGGCGGGGGGUCGGUGGCAGCGCUGGCGGCGGUGCUGACGCUGACGGACCCUGACAGGAGGAGGAAAUUGCAGGCGGAGGAGGUCGGGGGAGGGGACAAGGAGGUGGUGAGGGAGUACUUCAACAGCACCGGGUUCCAGCGGUGGAAGAAGAUCUACGGCGAGACCGACGACGUCAACCGGGUCCAGCUCGACAUCCGGCUCGGCCACUCCAAGACGGUCGAGAACGUCCUCGAGAUGCUCAAGGACGAGGGCCCCCUCCAGGGCCUCACCGUCUGCGACGCCGGCUGCGGGACCGGCUCCCUCUCCAUCCCUCUUGCGAAGGGAGGCGCCGUCGUGUUCGCCAGCGACAUCUCCGCCGCUAUGGUCUCCGAGGCUCAGCAGCAGGCGAAAGAGCAGCUCGGAGGUUCGAGUUCUGGCUCUGGGGCGAACACCGUGAUGCCGAAGUUCGAAGUGAGGGAUCUGGAGAGCGUAGAUGGAAAGUACGACACGGUGGUGUGCCUGGACGUCCUGAUACACUAUCCCCAGAGCAAGGCGGAUGGGAUGAUCGCCCACCUCGCGUCCCUCGCCGAGAACCGGCUCAUCCUUAGCUUCGCCCCCAAGACAUUCUACUACGACCUGCUGAAGAGAGUGGGGGAGCUGUUCCCGGGCCCUUCCAAGGCGACGAGGGCUUACCUCCAUGCCGAAGCCGAUGUCGAGAGAGCGCUGCGGAAGGUCGGGUGGAAGAUCAGGAAGAGGGGACUCAUCACGACCCAGUUUUACUUUGCAAGACUGGUCGAGGCUGUUCCCGCAUAAUGUAUACCAUUAGACAAUCACUACGUAUUUGAUAUCAGAGAGUAGCGAAGCGACGUUUGCGGUCCUCGGAAAACCUUUGAUGCACGAGUUGUUUUGGGCUCUAACAUCGCAAUUUCGAAUCGGCACGUACCAAAGCGAUUCUUGAUGAAUGUAAACAAGCGUAUCUUCCAAAAUAGACAUGAUAUCCUUGUCCGGCAAUAAAUAUUACAUUGCGUUUCGGUA